AUGCUUUAUUUAUUCUUUCUUUUAUGCUAUAUCGGCUUUGUUGGUUACCGUUUUUCUUUUGCAUUGGGGUGGAGGAUUGGCAGGUUAUUUUUUUGCCACUUCGCUUUAUCUCUCAUUUUAUUUUUAUAUACAUCACUCACAAUUUCUGCCUUCUCGUCAAUCCAUUAUUCACUUGUCCAAUCUUUCUUUCUCUUGUUAUCAGGGAUUCUCUCUUUCUCUCGCUCUCUCUGUCUAGCUAUCUCUUUCUUAUCUGUAUGUAUCUUCUCUAUUUUUUGUUCUCUCCUUCUUUCCCCUUUCGCUCUCUCUUUGCUUCUCUCUCUUUCUACCACUCUCUCUCUCUCUCUCACUUCCUCUAUCUCUCCUCUCUAUUUUUCUCUGUGUAUCUUCGAUAUUUUUCGUUCCUUGCUUCUCUAUCAUUAUCAUUCUCUCUCUCUCACUCUCUUUCUUUCUCUCUCUCUCUCUCUCUCUUUCUUUCUCUCUCAAAUUCUAUAUAGGGGUCUCUCCUAUUUCUCCUUCUUCCUCUCUCUUACUCACUCUUCUAUUUUCUAUCUAUCUCCCUCUCAGCCUUUCCUUCACUCUCACUCUUAA